UCCAGAAGGGCGCAGUCUGCGCACGCGCAUAUAAAUACACCGAGUAAGCUUUCUGGAGUUCAGUUUACCGAAGCUACCAGCCGCGCUAUCACUCGCAACCUCGGCUUCACACACAGCACACAACAUGUCUCUGGAACGCCAAGUCCGCGCUAAGCUCGCAUCCAAGCGCAACCCCGAGCAGGAGAAAGAAGCCCAGGAAUGGAUUGAGGCCGUCCUCGGUGCUAAGUUUCCUCCUAAAGAAGCAUUUGAGGAAGUACUCAAGGACGGAACCGUCCUUUGCCAGCUCAUUAACAAGCUGAAACCCGGCUCCGUCCCCAAGAUCAACACCUCUGGUGGUCAGUUCAAGAUGAUGGAGAACAUCACCAAUUUCCAAGCAGCGAUUAAAGCGUAUGGUGUCCCAGACAUCGACGUAUUCCAGACUGUGGACCUUUGGGAGAAAAAGGACAUCGCCCAGGUCGUCAGCACACUCUUCGCCCUUGGCCGUGAGACCUACAGACACCCUGAGUGGAACGGCCCUUACCUUGGUCCCAAACCAUCCGAUGAGUGCAAGCGUGAUUUCUCCGAGGAGGUGCUGAAAGCUGGCCAGACCGUGAUCGGUCUGCAGGCUGGCUCCAACAAGGGUGCCACACAAGCCGGCCAGAAUAUCGGCGCUGGCCGCAAGAUUCUGCUCGGCAAGUGAAUGCCUUCACACCUCUCAUCAAGUGAUAUUAAUAUAAGAUAUUUUUGUACAAAACUCAGUGCACGGACGCUAUUGUAAGACUGUAUUUGUACCACUGUGAAAUCUAGUCAAGAUGUGUUAGCCAUGUCUGUACUGUAGAAAAUGAUAGUCUUGUGUUUCCAUGUAGCGCCGAGAUGGUUUUUGUACACAAGUGUUUAGGCUAAGUUAUAUGUAUAUUUAUCUAUUUCCAAUUUAUUAAUUUAUUCUAUAAAACAAUAUACC